AUGGUUAACUAUAAAGAUAUUGAAUCAGCAUUAGUUGAGUUAUUUGAAAAUAAUGUAACGCAAAAGAGAUCAGAUGUUCAUUGCAGAUACAUAGUAAAGCAACGAGUUCUAAAUGAAGAAGUUUAUAAUGAAAAAAUAGCAGAUUUCAAAGAUGAAAAAGUGUAUCAGAGUCUUAAAAAGUUAUACAAAUUAUAUCUCUCAUUUACAAAUCAAGAAGAGGUUGUACAAAAAAGGUCUACAGAAGAAAAAAGGAAUUUAAUAAGUCAUACGCAUCAAGAAUACUAUAAAAUCAUUCUUGAAAAAUUCUAUUAA